GCCCGCCCCCCUGCGUGGGGACAGCCUUUGUUGUGUGGGGGCCAGGGCCAGGACAAGGGGGAACGGCACAGGCUGGCACACAGGCAGUGCCAAUGGCACAGGAGGAGCAAGUCCUUUGGUGCUGAGGGCAGAACACACUGUGAGCAGCUGCGUGUACAGUGGCACGUGCGGGCAGAGGCACCCUGUGUGUGUCACAGCCUGACAACAGCUUUGCCUGCAGCUGAGUGUCAGGAGGAGGCUUCAAGCCCUGACAUGUUUGAGACAAAUGCUGUGGGUCUGCAGAUCUGAUAGAACAGGCCCUAUGAGAAAAAGGGAAAGCUAAGGAUGCUGGAGCAGAACAAUGGAUUUCUCUUUCUCUUUCAUGCAAGGGAUCAUGGGAAACACAAUUCAGCAACCACCUCAACUCAUUGACUCCGCCAACAUCCGCCAAGAGGAUGCCUUUGAUGCCAGCAGUGACAUUGCUGAAGAUGGAGGCCAAACGCCCUACGAGGCUGCCCUGCAGCAAGGCUUUCAGUACCCCACGCCCACCACCGAGGACCUUCCGCCCCUCACCAACGGCUACCCGCCCUCCCUCGGCAUGUACGAGCCUCAGGCCAAAUACCAGCCCUACGCCCAGUACCCCAACGGCUCUGCCAACGGCUUUGGGACGGGCAGAAACUUUAGUCCCCCGGAGUAUUACCAAAUGGAAAACUCCAACGCGAGGCCCCACGAGGCCGUGGAGAAAGCCUCCCCUCCCCAGCCGCCGCCCUCCGCGCCGCACACGGGGAUUCCAAAGAAGACUGGCUCACCGGAGAUCAAGCUAAAGAUAACCAAAACUAUCCAGAACGGCAGGGAACUGUUUGAGUCCUCUCUGUGCGGGGACCUUCUGAAUGAAGUCCAGGCGAGCGAGUACGCCAGGAAACACGAAGGGAGGAAAGAGAAGAGGAAAAAAAGCAGCAAGCACGACUCUUCGCGCUCGGAAGAGCGAAAGGCACACAAGAUCCCCAAGUUGGAACCCCAGGAGCAAAAUAGACCAAAUGAGAGGCUUAGUGUGCUGUCAGAGAGACCAAGAGAAGAUCCAGUGUUGGAGGAAGCCCCGGUCCAGCAGUUCUUGCCUUCUCUUCCAACACAAGUCACCCAUGACAUCAAGUUUCAGGUUGGCGAUCUGGUUUGGUCCAAGGUGGGGACAUACCCGUGGUGGCCUUGCAUGGUUUCAUGUGACCCACAGCUUGAUGUUCAUACCAAAAUUAAUACGAGAGGUGCCCGUGAGUACCACGUCCAGUUCUUCAGCAACCAGCCAGAGAGGGCGUGGGUGCACGAGAAGCGGGUCCGAGAGUACAAAGGACACAAACAGUAUGAGCAGUUACUGGCUGAGGCUGCUAAGCAAGCCAGCAACCACUCUGAGAAGCAGAAGAUUCGCAAACCAAGGCCGCAAAGGGAGCGUGCUCAGUGGGAUAUUGGUAUUGCCCACGCUGAGAAAGCUUUGAAAAUGACUCGGGAAGAAAGGAUAGAACAAUACACCUUCAUUUAUAUAGACAAAGAGCCAGAGGAGGUUUUGUCAAAAGCCAAAAAGACUGCUGCUUCUAAAUCAGAGGCCAAGAAGAACCGACGACCGAAGCCGGCGCUGAACAGCCCCACGGAACACGCGGCGGCGUCGCCCUCCAGCGCCGAGGCGCGGCGGCAGAGCCAGCGCAGGCAGUCGAGUGUGGAGGAAGAGGAGCCACCUCCUGUGAAAAUCGCCUGGAAAACAGCUGCAGCUAGGAAAUCCUUACCAGCUUCCAUAACCAUGCACAACCUGGAUCUUCAGAAAUGUAACAUGUCUCCGGUUGUUAAAAUUGAGCAGGUUUUUGCCCUUCAGAACGCUGCUGGGGAUGGAAAGCUCAUCGAUCAGUUUGUGUAUUCCACUAAGGGAGUUGGUAACAAAACAGAAAUAAGCGUCAAAGGACAAGAGAAACUGAAUUCUUCAUCAAAUCAGAGAAACGAAAAAGCAGCAGUGCAAAGUGCUUCCUCUCCUGAAACAACCUCUGGGUCAACAGGUUCUGUAGAAAAGAAGCAACAGAGAAGAUCGAUUCGAACCCGCUCAGAGUCUGAGAAAUCCACCGAAGUUGUGCCAAAGAAGAAGAUCAAAAAGGAGCAGGUUGAAAUGGUUCCACUGACAGCAGUGAAGACGGGAUUGCAGAAAGGUGCCAGCGAGAUUUCAGAUUCUUGUAAACCUUUAAAGAAAAGGAGUCGUGCCUCGACUGAUGUAGAACUGACUAGCUCAGCUUACAGAGAUACGUCUGACUCAGAUUCAAGAGGACUUAAUGACUUACAGGGUAGUUUUGGCAAACGUUCAGACAGCCCAUCAGCCGCCGCCGAUGCCGACGCUUCCGACGUGCAGUCAGUGGACUCCAGCUUAUCCAGGAGAGGAACUGGAACAAACAAAAAGGACACUGUUUGUCAGAUCUGCGAGAGCUCGGGUGAGUCGCUGGUGUCCUGCGAGGGCGAGUGCUGCAGCGUCUUUCACAUGGAGUGUCUUGGCCUGAAGUCGAUGCCAGAUGAGAAGUUCAUCUGCACUGAGUGUAAAAAUGGAGAGCACACGUGCUUUUCCUGCAAGCUGCCUGGCAAGGACGUGAAGCGCUGCUCCGUCAGCACGUGCGGCAAGUUCUACCACGAGGCCUGUGUCCGCAAGUUCGCCACCGCCCUCUUCGAGUCCCGGGGCUUUCGUUGCCCCCAGCACUGCUGCACUGCCUGCUCCAUGGAUAAGGAUAUUCAUAAAGCAAGCAAAGGUCGCAUGGUGAGAUGUUUCAGAUGUCCCAUUGCCUAUCACUCAGGAGAUGGCUGUAUUGCUGCAGGAAGCUUGUUUGUGUCAUCCCACAUUCUCAUCUGUAGUAACCAUUCCAAAAGGAAUCACUCCUCAUCAGCUGUAAAUGUAGGCUUUUGUUUCGUUUGUGCAAGAGGGUUGGUAGUGCAGGAUCAUUCAGACCCCCUGUUCAGUUCAUAUGCCUAUAAGUCCCACUACCUACUGAAUGAAUCAAACCGUGCUGAGUUGAUGAAAUUACCUAUGAUUCCUCCUCCUUCGUCAGCUUCCAAAAAGAAAUGUGAGAAAGGUGGCAAACUGUUGUGCUGUGAAUCCUGCCCAGCUUCCUUUCACCCCGAGUGUCUCAACAUAGAAAUGCCUGAAGGAUGCUGGAAUUGCAAUGACUGUAAAGCUGGCAAGAAGCUGCGGUACAAGCAGAUCGUUUGGGUCAAGCUUGGGAAUUACAGGUGGUGGCCAGCAGAGAUCUGCAAUCCCAGGUCUGUGCCUCUCAACAUACAGGGCCUCAAACAUGAUAUCGGGGACUUCCCAGUAUUUUUCUUUGGUUCACAUGACUACUAUUGGGUACACCAGGGCAGAGUUUUCCCUUAUGUUGAAGGAGAUAAAAGCUUUGCUGAGGGGCAAACUAGUAUUAACAAGACCUUCAAGAAAGCACUUGAAGAAGCGGCAAAGCGCUUCCAGGAGCUGAAAGCACAAAGAGAAAGCAAAGAGGCAUUAGAAAUUGAAAGGAAUUCGAGGAAACCUCCACCUUACAAACACAUUAAAUCCAACAAGGUGAUAGGGAAGGUUCAGAUCCAGGUAGCCGAUCUGUCAGAGAUCCCUCGCUGUAACUGCAAGCCCUCGGAUGAGAACCCCUGUGGCCUGGAGUCCGAGUGUCUCAACAGGAUGCUGCAGUACGAGUGCCACCCGCAGGUGUGUCCCGCGGGAGAGCGCUGCCAGAACCAGUGCUUCACCAAACGCCUCUACCCCGACGCCGAGAUCAUCAAAACCGAGCGCCGGGGAUGGGGCCUCAGGACCAAAAGGAGCAUUAAGAAGGGUGAAUUUGUGAAUGAGUAUGUCGGGGAGCUGAUUGAUGAGGAGGAGUGCCGGCUGCGCAUCAAACGCGCGCAUGAGAACAGUGUGACCAACUUCUAUAUGCUAACUGUGACAAAGGACCGGAUAAUAGAUGCUGGCCCGAAGGGGAACUACUCCCGUUUCAUGAACCAUAGUUGUAACCCAAACUGUGAAACACAGAAGUGGACAGUGAAUGGUGACAUCAGAGUCGGGCUCUUUGCUCUUUGCGAUAUUCCUGCAGGAAUGGAGCUAACAUUUAAUUACAAUUUGGACUGCCUGGGCAAUGGUAGGACUGAGUGUCAUUGCGGAGCAGAAAACUGCAGCGGGUUCCUGGGAGUGCGUCCAAAGACAGCGUUUGCAACAGCAAAUGAAGAGAAGGUGAAGAACGCAAAGUUAAAGCAGAAGAAACGGAAAAUAAAAACAGAGCAGAAGCAGAUGCACGAAGACAACUGCUUCCAGUGUGGAGAUGGGGGAGAGCUAGUCAUGUGUGAUAGAAAGGACUGUCCCAAAGCAUACCACCUCCUAUGCCUUAACCUGACUCAACCACCUUUUGGAAAGUGGGAAUGUCCGUGGCACCAGUGUGACGUCUGUAGCAACCCUGCAGUUUCCUUCUGUGAGUUUUGCCCUCACUCCUUCUGUAAGGAUCACGAGAAGGGAGCGCUGGUGCCGUCGGCCUUGGAUGGCCGUCUCUGCUGCUCCGCGCAUGACCCCAAGUCUCCUGUGGCACCCGAGUACUGGAGCAAGAUAAAGUGCAAAUUGGAAGCACAGAAUCCUGUAGAGGAAGCAAAGGAGUGAAUUUGGUUAAAAACAAACAAGGGAGGGGAGAAGAGGGGCAAAGGGGCGAUGAACUUGAAGAGACUGCUACUCCACAUUCAGUCUUCGGCGUCGGAGCCGUCCUGGGACCUGCAGCCGGGACCAUUGAACCACAGCAAGCAGGAGCAGGCAGUGGGCUUUGGUUUUUAUUGUUUGGUCUUUCUUUUUACCCUUGAAUGUGCUACAGCAGCUCUUAACUGUUGGUGGAAAACAAGAAGCAUCUCGGCCUUCAAAGCAAAACGUAGAGCUUUUGACAGCGAGAAGAAGAUUCCUUCAGACGUGUUCUUGGGGUGUAGAAAGCGAAGCAUAGCAACAUAUUUAUUUAUUUAAUGUUUAAAGGGUGUUGAAGAUCUGCUUUGGGUCAGUCAACGUGUCUUUAAAAACCAACUAGCAAAAGCCAACGUAACUUUUAUGCCUAGGUUAUGAAAAGAGUCCAGCUUCCCCACUCUGUAACACUGAGAUGCCGUAAAGACAGACGUGGGUGGCAGACCAGGUGACCUCUAUUCCAGUACUUACCUGUAAAGGCAUUUGGAGAAGGUAGGUUAUCUCUCACGUUAACUUGUGGAUAUCCCUGCAAAGCUUUUCCUAAGAGAAAUCAGGUGUAUGACUUGGGAGGUGCUUGUGAGAUGAGAUCUGGUAUUGUUGAAGGAGGAAGUCGUGGUUCCUUGCUCGAGAGCUGUAACUGUUGUUUGCAGACAGGUGCAAAGUCAGAAGGAGCUUUAAUUGCUUGGUGGUUGUUCCUUUGUCCUGCCUAAUUUGGAAAACCUUCCUGUCUGGGAGAGCCUCCCUGCAGCAGGCUCACUGCUGAAGUCUUAAUCCUUUCAGUGGGAGCUCUGCCAUUGACUUCUUGAGAGGGAGGAUGGUUCUGUGCCUGCAGAUCUGUCAUCCUCAGCUCAAGAGAGACAGGGAACUGCUGCAGAGAGGCCAGGGCAGGGCCACCAAGAUGAUCAGGGGACUGGAGCAUCUUCCUUCUGAGGAAAGGCUGCGGGACCUGGGGCUGUUUAGUCUGGAGGAGGCUGAGGGGGAGACCUCAUAAAUCCCUAAAGGGUGGAUGUCAGGAGGUUGGGGCAUCACCUUUUUCUGGGUGAUGGAAAGGUGCUGGAACACAAAGAGUUCCAUUGAAACAUAUGGGAAGACUAUUUUACUUUUGAGGUGAGGGAGCCCUGGCCCAGGCUGCCCAGGGAGGGUGUGGAGGCUCCUUCUCAGGAGGUUUCCAACCCCACCUGGACACAUUCCUGUGCCCCCUGAUCUAGGUGGGAGCUGAUUCUGCAGAGGAGUUGGACUGGAUGAUCUCUAAAGUCCCUUUCAGCCCCACCCAUUCUGUGAUCUGCCAAGUCUGUGCUUGUUUCACAGCAGUUCCAUUAGUGUGACUGAUUUCUGUUGCUGCCUUCUCAGGCUCCUGUUGGCUUCACAGACAACGUGAGCCUUUGGGAAUGUGACCCAUGUUUGUCUGGAUUGAAUGGGUAGGGUGGACUGUUGAUUUUUGUUUUUGCUGAGAGUCGUCUUCUAACUUUAAUCUUCAUGGUUAAUGGAGCUAAGAAAUAUCUCAGCACUUCCUCACUGAACAGGGUAUUUUCUGUCUGGGUAAUGGGCAGUAUUCACAGCAGCCAACUUCAGCCUUCUGCAGCAGUCCUGUCUUGGCUUUCCUCUGUUCAUCAGCAGAGGGACAGGCUCCUUCAGUGAGGCUUCUGAAGUGGCUUAGGUAGGCUCCUGCUCUAGAUUCCCAUUUGGAAACCUCCAUUUCUUGGGCAAGGAGCCUAGUGGGGACUCAUCUCCCCAGGUUUAAGUGUUUGAACCUCCUCCCCGAGCCCCUCAAUCUUGGAAAGCACUGUGCAUCUCCCCCUUCCCUGCUAGAGCUGGAGAGUGCUUUUGAUGUGGACGUUAGCUGCCUUGGUGCUAGCUUUUGGCUAAUACUCCUGAGUAGAAAGAACAUCAAGUGUUCCUGGCAUCUGGCUGAAUUAAGCCUUUGAAUUAAGAACCUUGUCUGUGGGCAAACGGCUUCCAUAAACCUCCAGGAACACGGUGGCUCCUCAGUUCAAGGAAGGAGUGGGCUGAAAAGGUCCAUGUGGGAUUUUAGAACACAUCUUGCCUCUGGCUGGUGUCCUCCUCAGUUUUA